CGAGGGUCUGAGAGAGGCAUGGGGUAGGAGGUGGGCAGUGGGCGUACCUUCUGGAAAGUGAGGGAGGGCCAAUGAGACCCUGGACUGCAACCAGGUAGGGGCAGGAGUAAGAGCCCAGUGGAAGGGCGAGAGGCUGAUGAGAGAUGGGCGUUUGUAAGACAGUUCCGGGACCAGAAAAGCCGACAGAGUAAAGGUGCAAGAAGUGAUGGCCGUCUGGGACCAGGGUAACUGGGGAAUUACGCUAAUGGAAAAGCUUCCCCGGGAUCCACGGUAAAAAACAAACAAACAAAACAGUGAGGUGGGGAGAGGGCUACACGCAGUCGACCAGAGGGGCAGGGCAGAGAUGGGCCCCCGCGUGUAGAGGACGAGGUGGGGGAGUGAGGCGGACAACCGGGUGAAGGGACACUGAUGGAUGUCGAACUCGAGUAGAGCGCGCAGGGCGGGAAUCGAACGUGCGUGUGGCAGGGAGAGGCUCCAGAAGGCGUGCGAGGGUCAGGGCCGGAAGGCUGGCGUGAGGGACCCAGUGUAGGGGAGCCCCUGUGCAGAAGAGGAGGAACCAUGGUAACAGAGAAGAGGAAACUUAAUGAAUGGCUGUGGAAUAAUAUGGAAGAAGAUGGAAAAAACUUGUUUAAUGGGUUAAGAGCGUGGCAACUUCUCUGAGACAUGGAUAGAUGCAAACAUGUAGGACGGUUACGGCUCGCCCAGGACCACUCGAUCCUGAACCCUCAGAAGUGGCGCUGCCUGGAGUGCGCCACCACCGAGUCCGUGUGGGCUUGCCUCAAGUGCUCCCACGUGGCCUGCGGCCGCUACAUCGAGGACCACGCCCGGAAACACUUCGAGGAGACUGGACACCCGCUGGCCAUGGAAGUCCGGGACCUGUACGUGUUCUGCUACCUGUGCGAGGACUACGUGCUCAACGAUAACCCGGAGGGGGACCUGAAGCUGCUGACAAGCUCCCUGCUGGCCGUGCGCGGCCAGGAGCAGGACCCGCCGGUGAGGCGCGGGCGGACGCUGCGGUCCAUGGCUGCGGGCGAGGACGUGGUCCCGCCGCAGCGCGCUCCUCAGGGACAGCCGCAGAUGCUCACGGCUCUGUGGUACCGGCGCCAGCGUCUGCUGGCCAAAACCCUGCGGCUGUGGUUCGAGAAGAGCUCCCGGGGCCGGGCGAAGCUGGAGCAGCGGCGGCGGGAGGAGGCGCUGGAGCGCAAGAAGGAGGCGGCGCGGCAGCGGCGGCGCGAGGUGAAGCGGCGGCUGCUGGAGGAGCUGGCCAGCGCCCCUCCGCGCAAGAGCGCGCGCCUGCUGCUGCACGCGCCCCGCGCCGCCGCCGGCCCCGCCGGCCUGCCUACCUCACGCCGAGCGCCCGCCGCCGCGCUCAAGCCGCGCCGCCAGCCGGCGGUGGCCCCGGGCGUCACGGGCCUGCGCAACCUGGGCAACACCUGCUACAUGAACUCCAUCCUCCAGGUGCUCAGCCACCUGCAGAAGUUCCGAGAAUGUUUCCUGAACCUCGACCCUUCCACAACCGAGCACCUGUUUCCCCAAGCCACCAACGGGAGGGCUCAGCUCUCGGGCAAGCCCGUCAGCAGCUCGGCCACCGAGCUGUCGGCGCGCAGCCACAGGGCCGAGGCGUGCGAGCGGGAGGGCCUCUGCUGGAACGGGGGAGCCUCCAUCAGCCGGAGCCUGGAGCUCAUCCAGAACAAGGAGCCCAGCUCGAAGCAUAUCUCCCUCUGCCACGAGCUGCACACCCUCUUCCGAGUCAUGUGGUCGGGGAAGUGGGCCCUGGUGUCGCCCUUCGCCAUGCUUCACUCGGUGUGGAGCCUGAUCCCCGCCUUCCGCGGCUACGACCAGCAGGAUGCGCAGGAAUUUCUCUGCGAGCUGCUGCACAAAGUGCAGCAGGAGCUGGAGUCGGAGGGCGCCGCACGCCGCAUCCUCAUCCCCUUCUCCCAGAGGAAGCUCACCAAACAGGUCUUAAAGGUGGUGAACACUAUAUUUCACGGGCAGCUGCUCAGUCAGGUCACUUGUGUGUCAUGCAAUUACAAGUCCAAUACCAUUGAGCCCUUUUGGGAUCUGUCCCUGGAAUUUCCAGAACGCUAUCACUGCAUAGAAAAGGGAUUUGUCCCUUUGAAUCAGACGGAGUGCCUGCUCACUGAGAUGCUGGCCAAGUUUACAGAGACAGAGGCCCUGGAAGGGAGAAUCUACGCUUGUGACCAGUGUAACAGCAAACGACGAAAAUCCAAUCCAAAACCCCUGGUUCUGAGUGAAGCUAGAAAGCAGUUAAUGAUCUACAGACUACCUCAGGUCCUCCGGCUGCACCUUAAAAGAUUCAGGUGGUCUGGCCGUAACCAUCGAGAGAAGAUUGGGGUCCAUGUCGUCUUUGACCAGGUAUUAACCAUGGAACCUUACUGCUGCAGGGACAUGCUCUCCUCUCUUGACAAAGAGACCUUUGCCUAUGAUCUCUCCGCAGUGGUCAUGCAUCACGGGAAAGGGUUUGGCUCAGGACACUACACAGCCUAUUGCUACAACACAGAGGGAGGUUUUUGGGUCCACUGCAAUGACUCAAAGCUGAAUGUAUGCAGUGUCGAGGAAGUGUGCAAAACCCAGGCCUACAUCCUUUUUUACACUCAAAGAACAGUGCAGGGCAAUGCAAGAAUCUCAGAAACCCAACUCCAAGCUCAGGUGCAGUCCCGCAGCAACGGUGAAGGCAGACCCCAGACAUUCCCCUGAACGGGAGGCGUGCAUCAAAGACUGGAUUGCUUUCGAACUAAAGGUGUCUACGUCUCCUCUCAUGGGAGAUAAGGCUUACUGCAGGAACAGACGACUUUUCUAGGUUUGCCUCACUGGGUCUAGAGUAGAAGGUGCCAGGUGAUUCAUGUCCUCUCAUGAGAUUCGGAAUUACUUUCCUUUGAAUGGAUUUGGGAAUUCCCUCCUACCAUAAAACACAUCAAAAGGAAUAACUUCUAUGAAGAUCCUUUCAUCUGUUGCUUCUGAAUUUAGAGGGAUCUGGGUGGAGAAAAGAGGGAGCAAAUUGGUCACGUCCAGCCAGGACAGUGGGAUCCAGUAUGUGAUUCCCCUGCCUACUGGGACUUUCUUGGAGCCCCAGAAGAACCCUCCCGAUGUGAGGAGCCCUGGACAGAGCACGUGAGGAGGGCCCUGCACUGCUAGCCGGCUGGAUGGGAUUGGUUCCAAGGUGGGAAGUGAAGUCUAAGGAUUUAUUCCCACGAUGGAAGUAACCCUCAAGGGUUGAAGACUUGCAGACUUCUUGUAUAGGGGCUAGCAGUUGAAGAAUGAGCAAAUUUCCCUGUGCAAAGUGGGAGGUUUUCACAUGCCACCCUUUCUGGCUGGUGCUGUCAUUUAAUCAUUCCAUUCUUCUGAGACUGGCAUGAAUAUCCCUUCAUUCUAAAGCAGGGGCAGUUCAUAUAAGGAAGCAAUAGACUAGUAUGUGUUUUUGGUUGUAUGCUAGGCCAAAGGGCACUCGCUCCUGACUAUCCCAGUUCUAUAGCAGAUGCCUGGUUCAGGUCUAGGGCAAGCAAAUGUAUGGUUUAAGCUGGGCCUUCAGCUGCAUGUUUAAGGUUUUCUCAGCACUCAGUUCUGAGGGUGGGCAGGAGCUUACUUCAAUGCCUGGCACCUCUGUUUACCUUGGUGCAGCAUCCAGCUUCUUUCUUGCCGCUAGAGAGCUGGAAUGGUCAUGUUCACAAGUGCCGAGAGAUGUUAUUCUGCUAGGGCCUGGGAACUACAGAGGAACCCACCCCCUCCUGCCUGACAGUUUAUUACUGAUGGCCCUGGCCUGUUUCCUCCCAAAUCUCAACUCCACCAAUACUCAGUCCAUCGGAGAAAAAAACAAGAGUGCCCUGUCCUUUACUCCAGCGCUAGUGAAAUGAAACUUUAGAUUGAGUUAGUUUCUAAGUGGAAUGAAAUAGUCUGGACAAAAACCCUCCUCCCCAUCCACACCACUGACUUCUCAGCGCUUCCCUGAGGCUCGUGGUGCAGGUGCACGCAAACCCGAACUCUGCUUACUGCAGUGAGCCUCAGCCUACCACUAUGAAUGCUCAUCUUUUGACUGAGUGUACCAUGUUAAUGUUUGAAUUCAGGUAGAAGAAGGGAAUAGAUGUGGAAGGGAGUUAGGGGCAGGGUGGGAAGUGGGGAAAGCGAGGCGAAAGAGUGAGGGAUAUAGCUUUAGCCAUGUUGACGGGCCACAUUUCCCAGAUGGGUAGCAGUUGCCGUUGACCUCUUUUGAGAUGAACUCUCCCAUAGGACCUUCCAGACAGCACUGAGACAUGGAGGAAAUUCAGACAGAAAAUAGUUCACCCUGAUAGGGAAGGAGUGACUAUAUUUUAAAUUAAACUUGCUUUUGCCAACACUGUGAGGUUUCUGUAAUAUUUAGCUUUUAUUUGGAAGCGAUAGCGUAUGGCAUGUUUUAUGCUGUUUGGUUUAUAUUAUCUGCUGCAGGCUUCUUUAUAUAAGCGCUGCCUGGGCUCAGCCUCUCCUGGACACUGUUUUAAAGUGUCACAGCUGCCCACGCUGCCAGAGGCUUGGAUGUGACCCCGUUCUCUUAAAACCCACGUUUGUAAGUCAGCAUGACUGGGAGAAGACUUCUUGCGGCAGUGGAAAAGCGCGUUAACUCCGAACACUACGGAGAGUGAAAGGGAAAGGAAACUACAAGUUGUGCCUCAUCUUCCCGUGAAUCCCAUUAUUUAUUCCUCUAGAAAAAGAGAACUUACAACAUGGAGAAAAGCUAGAGCAUCUCCUUCACCUCGUAAGCUGUCCACGGGGAAAUACUUACUAAAACACAAGCAUGUAAUGGAAAACUAAAAGAUCUUCAAACUUAAUUUUUACAAGUAGUUUUAUACCAAAUAUUCUAAGGAUUCUUAAGCAGAUUAAGCACAUUGUAAAAUGAGUGCUUAACUUAGCUGGGCACCCAUGUAUCAAAUUAGUAAAAUGAGUUGGAAUAGAAGCCAACAUCAGCGUUCUCCAGCGGAGCCCGACUCGACUCGCGAAGGUGCUCGCCACGGUCCCAGACACCUCAGGUACCCAGCGGCAGCAGCACUAGACACUGUUACAAAGUUAGUAUUUAAGGAGAUGUUUAUUCAAAGAGUUCCCUGCUGCAUAAGCCGAUGGCUGUUGGGAGGGAAAUGUCCCUUUGCCUUUAAUUUAUUUACAUAUUGAAGUAGAUGAAUGUCUCAGUUGCAUCUUAGGUUAAAUUGAAACAGUCUAAAAAGAACAUAAGAACCAGUUAGGAGUUGACCAUAUUCUACCCAGUCGUCCCCAGGAUCUCCUAGUGGACCUUAACGGGCCUGCUUCUCUCCCAGGGCACUGAGCUAGGAGUCUCCUUCAGGAGCCCUUGCAGAUGGCUGGCAUGUUUACUGCUGCUGUCGCCAGCCGAGUGAAAGCACCCUGGCCCUCAGAAGGGAUUUUUACCUCAACCCAGCCUGACCCUCACCCUUGGUUGCCUCUAGGAGGGCAUCCACACUAGUGUCAAACAAUAGGAAUGACCUCAGCAGCCAGGAACCGAAGCUCUUAGUAAAUGGUGGACAGAACUCUUGCCCGCUUUGAUACGUCCCCUCUUAGGCUGAGGGGCGGGGGCAGUGCCACACUGGAAGGAAUUCCCAGAUGUCUCUUACAAUGUCAUUAAUAGGAUUGGAAACUGUAGAAAAUGUUAAUGUGUCCUAUGGACUCAAUAGCAGAGUUUAUUUUUUUUUUAAUGGCAAGGCUUCGGAGCCAAUGAUUGUAUGAGUUCCCGACUCUGGCUAUGCUUACAGCUCCACCCAAGUACCAAGAAAGAACCAAUGAGGUGGGUUGGCUGGCAGUGGGGCAUGCCCCAGUGUAAGGCCGAGAGGUCAACAGUAGUGCAGAAGAAAACU